UCGUCCGGCCACUAGAGUCCCUAUGUCUGCUGGCGCUUAUGUGUUUACCUCUACAGUCUGAACUGUGGAUGUGCACAAACCAUAAUUCAGACAUAAGCAAACUAUUCCGGAAAUACAAAUGUAACAGCCCUUGUUCUGUAUAUUUGACGAGUUAACACGGCCUUGCAUUGGUGCUACAUUUCAAAAAAGGGCUUGUCGGGUGAUGUUUGUGGCAGGUUUUCUGAGGGUGUGUCCAAUCCAACUCCACUUCCUCCUUCAAAUUUUUUUAAAUGAAUAAAGAGAUGAUGUCACGAGUGAUGAAGAAACGGCAGGCUGACCCCAACGUGGUUCAGCACGUGUGGUCCGCCAUUGAAGUCAUCCGCAAUCAAAAGCAGAUUGCAAACAUGGACAGGAUCUCCAAGUACCUGAGCCGCGUGUUCGGCGUGCACCCGAAGGAGACGGCACGGCAGCUCAACCUUGCGGUGAAGGAUGGGCUAGUGGUGGAGACCCUCACUGUGGGGUGCAAGGGUUCCAAGGCUGGCAUUGAACAAGAGGGGUACUGGCUCCCUGGAGACGAGGUGGACCCGGAAGCUGAAGAAAGAAAGGAUUGGGAGGCCGAGAGUCACGACUGGUACUGCUUUGAGUGCCACCUGCCUGGUGACGUGCUGACAUGUGACAACUGCUUCCGUGUCUACCACCUCAAGUGUUUGUCCGAGGAAUACAAGCCUCGGGAUGGAGGAGCCCACUGGCAGUGUGCAGUGUGCAAGGGGAGUAAAAAGAAGAUCCUGAAUAAGCAGGAAAUGGGCAGGUAUCUGCGAUUCAUCGUUCAGCGUAUGAAGGAGAGGGCUGUUGAUCUGAACAAGAAAGGCAAAGACACCAAGCAUCCAAUGUACAGAAGGCUAAUCCACACUGCUCUGGAAGUGUCCAACAUACAGGAGAAUGUCACCGAAGGAAAGUACAAGAACUUUGAUGAGUUCAAAGCUGAUGCCAAGCUGAUUGUACACAACACGGCCAUUCUGUUCGGAGUGCACAGUGACCAAGCUGAGAUAGCAAGAUUGCUGUACAGCGAUACUUGUCAUGAGCUGAAUGAGCUCCAGCUCUGUAAAAACUGUUUUUACCUGUCCAACGCUCGGCCUGAUAAUUGGUUCUGCUACCCUUGUGCACCCAGCCAUGAGCUGGUUUGGGCUAAGAUGAAAGGGUUCGGAUACUGGCCUGCAAAGGUUCUGCAGAGAGAGGAGAACCAGGUGGACGUGAGGUUCUUCGGUCACCAACAUCAAAGGGCGUGGAUCCCGGCGGAGAACACUCAGGACAUCCAGGUGAGCGCACAGCAGCUCCAGGUGAAGAGGAGCACGGGCUGGAAGAAGGCUUGCGAGGAGCUAGAGCUCCACCAGCGCUUCCUGCGGGAGGGAAGAUUCUGGAAGAGUAAGAAUGCCCCUGAGGAACCGCAUGAGGAAGAGGCAGAGUCAGGCAUCUCCUCCACAAGCAAUGAGCAAGUGAGACACCACCCGUCUCCCAAUAUUAUCAAUGACCAGCUCAAAGUCAGCCAGGAGCCCAAACCCAAGAGAGGCCGGCGCAGUCAGAACCCCGAGCCCAAAGAGGAGGACCCUGAGCCCGAAAUGGAGGCGGUCAGCUCCAGCCAGGAGAUCCCCUCCAUGCCCCAUCAGCCAGAAAAGCUGUCAGUCUCCACCCAGACCAAGCGGGCUAGCGUGGCUUCCCCACGAACCCUGCACCGCUCUACCCAGACCAGCAGCGACGGCACCUGCCAAAAUAAGUGCCAUGAGAAAUACACCAAGAUCUUCAGUGACGUGAAGGAGAUGAUGAAAGCCGACAACAAGCGCGAGACCGAGCGGGUGGUCAGGGAGGCCCUGGAGAAGUUGCGGACGGAGAUGGAAGAGGAGAAGAGGCAGGCGGUGACAAAGGCAGUCUCCAGCGUCCAGGCAGAGAUGGAGCGAAAAUGCAAACAGGUGAAGGAGAAGUGCAAGGAGGAGCUAGUGGAGGAGGUGAAGAAGAUGGUGUCACAGCACAAACAGCUCAUCUCCCAGACCAAGAAGAAACAGUGGUGCUACAACUGCGAGGAGGAGGCCAUGUACCACUGCUGCUGGAACACCUCCUACUGCUCCAUCAAAUGCCAGCAGGAGCACUGGCACGCUGACCACAAACGCACCUGCCGCAGGAAGAGAUGAAGGCUCCGCCCCCACCCCGCCCUGUCCUGCCCAGCCCAACCCUCCGUCUGCUCUGUGAACACACACUGUUUCCCCCAUUAAUCCCAUUUGCACCUGUCUUUCAAACAACAGAAUCUCUGCAUCGUGCUCAAGGACUUCUGUUUCCCCUCUCUCUGUUUCUCUCUCAUGCUCCAUCUCUUUCUCCAUUUUUUUUUACCUCCAUCUCUGUAUAAAUUCUUCACAAAAAUCACAGUAAGAACUUGAUGCAGCCAUGGCUGGAACACAGUGUUUUUUUCCCUGUCUUAUGAUCGAAGUGAUAAUUCUACCUGUUGAUGAAAGUGUUAUUUAAGAGUGUAGCUAAAGGUUAGCAUUACAAAAAAGCAUAUUAUCUACAUUUUGCAACAGUACAGGUCUACCUAAAUUUUAAUUUUAACCUUCAAAAAAUAUGCAUAAAUGAGGUUUAUAUAUAUACAUGACUGUGUUUCUGUAUGUGUGUAUUUACAUACAGUAUACACAUAUACAUAUACUGUAUUUACACACAUACGUACACACACACCCAUAAGGGUUUUAAAGAUGAAACAGGGAUUUUAAAUCCUAUAUUGCUUUAAAAGCAGUAACGAUGGUAUGAGGUAUAAUGAAAGGAUUUUUUGUUUGUCCAAUUCUCAAAGAAUAUUGUAUCAUCUUCCUUUAGUCUUUCCAUGACUGAUUUUGGGAACAGGGUUAUGAUGUCAGGUUUCAAACCUGAUUAAAAGGAAAUAAUGACUUUUAUUAUGCACAUUUGGUUGCUUCUAAAAUAUGCUGUCAUUUUUAUGGGGAAAAAGUUAGCGUUGGCCAUUUUUUAGGGUACACAGUUCUGGAGAAUAUAGACAUCUUUGCUGAGCUGGAUCUUGGAUGGGGUUGAAAUAUUUUAGCUACUCUUUCUUUUCAACAUUUGCACAUUGUUUAUUUCCCAAACCCAGAAACUGCCAAAAUGCUACCUUUGUU